AUGUCUUCACUUUCACAAUACGCCUUGCGCAUGAGCCGUCUGAGUGCCCAAAUCUUGAGUGAGGUUGCCAGGCCGACUGACUCCAAAUCCAUGAAAAUGGUGAAACUUUUCAGUGAGCAGCCCAUGGCUAAGAGGAAGGAGACCUAUGACUGGUAUCCAAACCAUAACACGUAUUUCACACUCAUGGGCACACUCUGUUUUCUUGGCCUCUACAGAGAUGAGCAUCAGGAUUUUAAGGAUGAACAAAGGCCUCUAAAGAAGCUUCGUGGAAAGGGGAAACCACGGAAAGGAGAAGGAAAAAGAGCAGCAAAAAGGAAAUAGUGUUAGCCGUGAAAA